GGAGUUUGGCACAUUUCACCACAGUAAUAAAGGAAUAACUUUAACGAAGACGAACAAAACCACCCAACACCCACCCACCCUCCCGAAGCCACCGAAGUUGGUUAACCUGCCAAAGCAGAAACAUGUUCUAGAGAAACUAUCUUACGUGCGUCGAGGUUAGGCUCAUCUUCGAGCUUUUCUCGACAAACCUACAACUGAGAAAUCAUUGUUUACUGCCAUGUCAGCUGCCAAAGGAGCCGCUAAAGGAUUUCGAAAAGGUUUAGAGAAGAAAAUUUUUCAUGGAAUCCUCAGAACACAUAUUCCAGCCGGCAUGGCCUCUGGGUCCCCGCCACUAGGAACUCAGCUUGGGCAGAGAGGUGUCAACAUACCUGGAUUUGUUAAAGAUUUCAAUGAAAGGACCAAGAACUACAGACCCGGAGUUCCUCUCCUAAGUAUUGUCCAGGUGAAGCCAGACAGAUCCUAUAAGCUCAACAUCCAGCUUCCUCCUUUUCCUUACUAUUUGUUCCAGGCUGCUGGUAUUUCCAGAGGAGCUAUGCAAUCUGGGCGGGAGAUCGCUGGUAAAAUAACUUUUAAGCACUUGUAUGAAAUUGCACUGAUAAAAAGUCAAGAUAUUGCUUACCAAGCUAGUACUAUGCAAGAAAUUGUAGAUGUAGCAAUGCAUUAUGCCAGACAGAGUGGUAUUGCUGUUGUUAAAGACUUAAACCCUGAGGAAUAUGCAAAAUUUCUUCAAGACAGACUUAAAAUCAUUGAAGACCAGAAGGCUGAAUUGCAAGCUAAACGAGAAGCAAAGCUCCUGAGAACUGGAUAGUGUGGAAGAUAUGGAUAGAUUAAACCAGUAGAAAUAAUCCAAA